AUGGAUGUUGCAGGACUGACCUGUGAGCAGUUUGAGACACUAUUCAAUGAGCAAUACUUCCCUCAGAGUUGUAGGGAUGAAAAAGUGCUGGAAUUCAUGUAUCUGCUGCAAGGUGAACCCGAGAUAACUGGAAAUAGUGCGGGAAUUCCUGUAGCGGAUGAGUUCACAGAUGUAUUUCCUGAGGAUCUACCGGGGUUGCCGCCAGAUCGAGAAAUUGAAUUCUGCAUUGAUUUGGUUCCGAGAACGACACCUAUUUCCAUUCCUCCAUAUCGGAUGCCUCCGGCGGAGAUGAGAGAAUUAAGGAAGCAGCUUGAGGAGCUAGCAGAGAAGGGACACAUCCGGAAUAGACAAGGAAUCUCUAUCGAUCCUUCUAAGAUCGAGACUAUGCUACAGUGGGAAAGGCCAAAGAAUGUAGUAGAGAUUCACAGUUUCCUCGGACUUGCAAGGCAAAGAAAAUGGGUGGAGUAUAUGGAAGAUUACGACUUCACUCUGCAAUAUCAUCCUGAAAAAGCUAAUGUGGUGGCUGAUGCCCUUAGCAGGAAGACGACGGGGACUCUAGCGUUAAGCAGAAUCAAUUGCAAGAUCCACACCUCCAAGGCAUCUAGAUUCAAAUCCAGAAUGGAGAGCAACUCGAGGAUUGGAGAAUCCGAGAGGAUGGAGCCUUGUAUUUCUGCAACCGCCUUGAUGUUCCUAAGGCGGAUGAGGUUGACGAAGUCCGCACACUUCAUACCGUUUCGUGUGACGUAUUCUCAGAAGAUUCUAUCAGAAUUGUACCUGGAGCACAUCGUGAGACUACACAGAGUGCCACUAUCUAUCACGUUCGAUCGUGAUACCCGCUUCAAUGCAAGGUCACCUGUUUGUUGGUUGGAACCAGAGGAUCGACUGAGUACUGGACCGGAGGUCAUUCAAGAGAACAAUGAGAAGAUAGCCGUGAUUCGAGAACGACUGUUGACAGCUCAAAGUCGUCAGAAAAGCUAUGCUGAUAGAAGGCGUAGGCCUUUGGAAUUCCAGGAAGGCGACUUUGUUUUGCUAAGGGUUUCCCCACGCAAGGGAGUUGUUCGGUUUGGUGUGAAAGGGAAACUUGCACCAAUGUAUGUGGGACCAUUCCUGAUCGUGCAACGAGUCAGAAUGGUGGCUUAUCGGUUGGCUUUACCGCCUGAAUUAUCUCACUACGACGCGUCAUACGCUAAGGCACCAAUUCAGAUUCUUGACCGAAAGAUAAAGAAUCUGCGUCAUCGUGAGAUCCCGUUAGUGAAAGUAUUAUGGCAGCACCAUGGAGUUGAGGAAGUGACAUGGGAGCUUGAAAUGACGAUGCAGGAGCAGUAUCCGCAUCUGUUUGCAAUUUGA